AUGUACCAUAGUGCUGUCUGUUUCUAUUCAACACUGAUGAUAACAAUUGUUCUCAUCAAUACCAAUAAUGGUCUUACUGUACCAGCUGGACUUCGUCCAGCUAAAAAAGUCGGUGAUCCAAAGGAGCAAAUUAUACCGGGAAAACAACUACAACAAGAACAUGGCCAACAACUACAACAAGAACAACAACAACAGCAACAACAACAUAAUGAAGAACUGAACAUACGGCCAACACCAAAAGUACCACCGAAUUUAUCUAUAAGAUCGCGGAUGAUGGCUGCAUUAAGCGCAUCAUCACCUAGUGAAUCGAACAAGGAAAAAAAUUCUUCCAAAGUUGAGACGGAUGAUUCUUCGAAACCACCAAUAAUAUUCUCGAGAAAUCACAAGAAAACAGUUCCGAGAAAAACAACUUCAUCGGGACCUCCAAAAGGAAAUGUUCGCGUUAUUGUAGCGCCACCAGCAACUCUUGGAAAGAAUAAUUAUGGUUUGAAUACAGCUUUACAAACAAAUUUGGUUGAUUCACGGGGACGUAUUAUGAAAAAUGUCAAUUCAGUACCAAUCAAAGUACCAUCAUCUUCGGAAAUGAAAAAUGCUCGAACAAGACAUACCGCACGACAAGUUGAAAGUGAUGCAGACAAAGUAGUGCCAAUCAAAUUUGGUUCAACUUCUAGACGGCGUUAA